UUUCUUGCUUUAUUUAAUCUCAAGAAUAUAUUGUUACAACUUUUGGAAAUUACGACUUUUGGAAAUUUCGAAAUCAUCAAAUUGACAAAAAUCACGGCACUACUGUAACGAUAUAUUCUUCAGACUAAAUAAAGCAAGAAAGUCUCGUACCACUUUCUCUUCCGACAAAUAGUUAGCCAGAUAUCGUAAGUAUUGAAUACAUAUUGAAAAAGUUAUCAAGCUUUCCUCAAAUAUCUCAAAAAAUAUUAGGCAAAUAAAAAAAUGUUUUAGACAAAAGUUGUUCAAAUUAAUUGGUAGCAAAAAGCAGUGUAAUAAAAAAUAGGGCUUCCCAUUUAAAUUUUUCAAGUUGACCUCCAAAUGACCUGGGACGUCAUGGCCAAGGUCAAAUUCAAGGUCAUCAUCAAGUCCGUUACUCGAUUUCCUGCAACCUUUGUGCUUAAAGUUUUUCACGAAAAUUUGAUCCUGCAAAGUUAUCCCGGGGGGUCCGGUAUUUCUGAGACAGCCUGUAUAUCGAGCGUCGUUCCCCAUCGAAAAGAAACAAUCACUCAGCAGCAGCAGCAGAGCCUCGCAGCGCGGAUCAGCUCGGUGGAGGCUGCCGCAUGUCCGACACGCUGCACAGCCAACACGCGAAUGUCCCACGCGCAUCAUUUUGCGCAACUGUCCGGCGAUUGGCCGCGUGCGCUGCGCACGUUGUCCGUGGCGGCGGCAGCCGCUGACGUCAGUCACCGGUGGCCAAUACCGGCGCGCAGAUCUGCAGUGUUCGCCGUGCGCGCGUGCAGGACGCGGCGGUGCGUCCGUGUGUAUGUAUGUGUGUGUGUGUGUGCGUGCGUGCACUGGUGGCAGAGAGAAGCCACGCGGAAACGACGACGGGACGGCGACUCGAUCGCGCGAGAACGUCGUGGUGAAACGGCGGCUUGUUGACCCGAACGCGCGACAAGAUGCCAGACGAGACCCACGUCUGAGAAGACGCGUCUCUCUCUCUCUCUCUCUUUCUCUCUCUCCCUCGCAACAACGACGACGGUGACGACGACGACGACGACGACGGCGACGACGACGGCGACGACGACGACAACGACGACGACGACGACGACGCGUGCUCGGUUCAACGGAGGACGCACGGUGAGGGAGGAAUCGAGCGAGCGAGCGAGCGAGGAGGAGAGGCGACAAAUGCGUCUGGCCGUGGCGCGGUACGCACACGCGGUGAGAGCGAAGGAAAGAGGGAGAGAGAGAGCGAGAGCGAGAGCGAGAGCGUGGUAGCGCGUCGAGUCGCACCUGACAGUCCAAGCAGUCCGCCGGCGGUCCCCGAAAAAACACUCUCGCCACGCUAUAUACACGCGAGACAGCGCCGUGUUUCACUGAGAACGCGAGCGCCACUGGCAAUGUCGGGAAGUGACAGCCCAACAUUCUUUCACGGCCAGCCGUGGUCCAGCUGGAUCGAAAGAAUCGGACGGGACAAGCCGCUGAGUGAUGAAGAGACAGAUGCCCAACCGUCAAGCUCAGUCACACGUCUGUCCGUAGAAGAUAUUGACCUAUAUGGCUUCUGUCCAGAGAGAGAUUUGUUCUACGGAGUGGUAUGUGAGAUUUGCAAUGCCAUAGUGAAGCCACAAGCCCUCAUUCAACAUAUGGAAAGUCGUCAUCCUUCCGGCACGGCGAAUUUCCCACCACCCCCGACCCCGACCGUGAAACCGACCGUGAAAAUCCCCUACUGCAAGGUGUCGAAGCUGAAGAAAAGCCAAACACCGGCUCCCACGAUCCCCGUAGCCGACGUGAGCACGAAGCUGAACCACACGGCCGUCAAGCGCAACGUCGAGCAGGCGAGCCUUUCCGCUGGUAGCGGUUCGUUGCCGAUCUCCUCGUCGCCCCGGUCGCCCCUCGAGUCGAUCACGGUCCAAACGACGACCCCUUCCAACGUUACCGGCUCUUCCGUCGGCACGCCCAGUCCUAGUAAAAGCCCGGUCGUCGCCAGCAGCGGCCAGCCUCGGCGGAAGAGGCUUAAAGCGGACCGUUCGUUGCUCAAAGACCGAGAGUACGACCCCGACCGGCACUGCGGCGUCUGGAACGAGGAGACCGGCAAGCCAUGCACGAGGUCGCUCACAUGCAAGGCACACACUGUCUCGCUCCGCCGGACAGUCGUCGGUCGCAGCAAGACCUUCGACAAGCUCCUCGCGGAGCACCGCGCCGCGAAGGAGCAGCCGACUGGCAGUGGUCGCGCGGCGACCAAAAUGACGGUCUCCGGCACCGUCACUGUCUCCUCUGUCGCCGCGUCCAGCUUGAAUCCCCAUGCUCCCAAUACUCCAGUAUCCGCUGUCGAGCCGGAAGCGCCAAGCUCACCACCCGUUUUAUCGCUGCCAGACUCGUACCCACUGCCAAAGGCUGUUGAUUUGCUUUAUCGGUGUCUGGCCCCGCAUGGUUCCACUAAAUCUACCAAACUCGAAGAGGACUUCGCCAAUGCCGAGGAGCUACAGAGCCUGGAGUCCAGCCUGGUCAACUCGUCCGCAGCAGCGGUAGCCGCCGUUGCCGUGGCCAGCAACACGUCGCAGCAGCAGCCGAGUUCGAUGAUGGCACCGAUAUCCGUGAUGUUGCCGUCGCUGUCGCCGUUACCCGGUAACAGCGAGGAGUCACCGGUUGCCACCCUGAUACCGAGCACCACGACGGCCGCGAUGCCGGUCGUACCAGCGCCACUGCCAGCCACCUGCGUGCAACCGCCAGCCGUGGUCGCCACGGUGCUCGAGGGCGAGACUCCGAUGGACAUCGACACCGAGACCAUCUCCGCCACCAUGUACUCCCCGGUCUACGCCAAGGAGACCAAGUCGCAGCUGGUGAUGCAGGCGAUGUCGCGGCCCAACAGCCACUCGCAGUCACCUGUACAGUCGGCCAGGAGCUAUCAAAUGCAGGCGUCAUUGUCGAGCCUAAACCUGUUCGAGCCGGUGGAGCAGCUGGAGCAGCAGCACGCCAGUCAGAUCAACGGCAAGCGGCUGAAUCACGCGAGCCCGGUGAUCAUGUCGUCGCGGCAACAGAAGAGGCACAAGUCGCACGACUACCAGUCCUCGCAGGACUUCACCACCACAACGACGUCGAUCCAGGUCGAGGCCACGACCACCUCGUCGCCAUAUUCGCACUUUGGUGACAUCUCAUGGUCGAACUGUCAUCCGGAGCCGCUGGCUGUCAGCCGAUGGCUCCGUAUCUCGUCCAGCCGUAAGCAGUACAACUUCAAUAUUCACUGACACAAGACCCCACCCACCCCGGGCUGAGGACUGUGCGCCGUAGGCGCUCGUCUGCUACUACUACUACUGAUGAUACUACUACUACUAUUACUACUACUACUACUACUACUACUACUACCUCCUUUCUUCCUGGAGACACUCUUCGCCGCCGCUUACGUCAUCGUCGUCAUCCUCUUCUUCAUCAUUAUCUUCAUCGUCAUCGUUGUUAUCCUAGUCGUCGCCGUCGCCGCCGUCUUCAUCAUCAUCAUCGUCAUCAUCAUCAACAUCCGUAUUAUCGCGUCCGCAGCUCGAGGAGGGAAAGUUCUUGUGUUCAUCGUUGCAACGAGACCGACGAGACUUGGCGUACACGCUUCAGCUACACGAGGCGACGUCGUUCGCGGAUCCCUUGGCCGAAACACGGAAGCCGAACUCAUUCGUUCGCGGAGUAUUCUCCUCGCGGUAUCACCUUCGAUGGACAGCCGCUGUCGCGCGGUGUAGUAUCGCGUAGCAUGAAGCUUCAGCCUCAGAUCACAAGCACGUCGAUCGCUGUGGCGCGUCGAGAGACAGGAGCUAGGGGAUCCUCGAGCGACAGCUCAUGACGGUCGCGUGUCUGGCCGUGUACCUGAACCUCAAGGAACUCCACAAAGAAAAGGAACGGCUCGAUGUGUAGCUCGCUCCGAUGUAUAUCCUAUACCCGUUUACUCGCUUUGUAACGUAAGGUUAAGGAAAAGAGAUUAAGACAGCGAGAGAGUGACAGAGAGAGAGAGAGAGAGAGAGAAUGUGUGUGUGUGUGUGUGUGUAUAUAUUUCGGUAGCCGCAUGAAUGAGGUGAAGUCCGUGAUAACGAGUAGACAAAUUUCCGCGCACGGUAACGUCGUGACGCCGCGGAACAUUCCUUUCGGGCCUCUUCGCAGCGACGUGCGUCACGACCGUUCGACCACGGGAGUCGCGAGUCCUCAGUGCGUGAAUUCUAGGUGCUCUUCGGCAUGUAGAAAAGAUUGCGUUUUCGCACUGGGGAAAUUCCGGUCUCGUGCGAUAUUUGAGCGAUUUCAGAAAGUCUCUCGCCGUUAGCCGAUACUUAACCGACCAGUGAUUCGAUUUGUGAUUUUUAAUAAAUUCCAGUAAUCUGAAGCGGAAUUAUCUCACAAAGUCGUGUGUGAGUGCAUCGUCAUGAGCAAUCUUGAUGCAAUCUUGUAAUUAUGAUGGAUCUUCCUUUUUCCUUUUUGUUUUUGUUUUUUUUUUUUUUUUUUUUUUUUAAGAUUUUACUUUUCACCAAAACUUUUACGCAUCAAGCCACAACGAGGGAUACCCCGGAGGUCCGGGAGAUCCCUCUGAGAUAUCUAAAUUUUUGCAAAAUCGCCCGGAAAAGAAGGAAACACCUUAAAUUAUUAGCAGCGCGUGUCGCUCAGUUUCGCGCGGAGACUUUAUCGAACGUAGGAGGAAGAGAAGCGGCUACGAUUUUGGUCGGUCCGAUCCGCAGGCGCUUCUCGACUGACCGUUCGUAAGAAAUCCAGCACGCAGGAAUUAUUCUCGCGGCACAGCGUGCCGCCGUGCGCGGCGCAUUUUCUAUCGGAUCUGUGUGUGUGCGUAUAAAUCUUGUAAAUAGACCGCAGAUCGCACUUGUCUCAUAUUGUACAUAGAGCGUUUAACUGAGCAUCGCUCGUGCUCAGCGUCCGCCGUUGGCAACGCGCGGUUUCUUCUCGCGAGGGAGAGCGAAGUAGCGAGGAAAGAAGAAAGAGAGGCCCGCCGUUCGGCGGCUGUUUCCCCUGCGAAAGGAAGCGCGGACGUCGUGUAGACAGGACGAGAGAGCGAGCCUCGAUUGUAUAUACGACAUAUACAUACAUAUACAUGUACAUAUAUAUUUUUUAUCGAUCACGAUCUCUUACCCCUUUAACGUAUACAUAUAUAUACAUGUGUGUGUGUGUACUCUCCGAACACGAAGCGCCGUUAUAUAUAUAUAUAUAUAUAUUUAACGUUGUAUCCGCUUCUCUCUCCUUUUCUUUGUUCAACUCAUCGGUUCUCUUUCGUCGUAGGGCCAUGCUAGAAAAUCGUAAAUUAGCCGGAGCGACUGAUUCGAGCGGGCUUGGUCUUGGUCUCCGUGCGCUGUACCUCCCGUGACGAGGCGGCGAGACCAGCUGUGCGAUUAUACAUACGCGGUACAGAGAGAGAGAGAGAGAGAGACCGAAUUUUUUCGCGAGCGAAUUGCGUUUUCGCCGGCGUGCGAGGUCGAAGGGGUUGGUCGGUGGACGAGCGGCCAUCGCGCCCUUAGGAACAAUCGAGCGCGACGCUAUCGCGGCUGCUAACUUGUUUCUCUGAAAACGCCCGCGCGUAUAUUUACGUCGCAUACAAAUGUCGCGAACAAAUGGGCUGCCGCGAGAACGCGGCGGACCCGGCCGCUCGUCGUCUGCCCGCCCGCUUGCCCCUUCGACGACGGCGGCGAGUGGUCGCACUCGCCUCCGUUUUGCGGAUACGCGAAUUUAUCGAUGCGGGUAGUCCGCGCGCCGGCCUACGCGGCAUCGAUCGAUCGUCGCGCUAAUCCAAGCGCUGAGGAUGAUCAGGCUGAUGAUUGUACAACUUCUUCCUCAGAGCGGGCUUAGCGGCGAGUGUCGCGUGCGACUCACGAUGCGACUUUGCGAGCGCCGGAGGUGUGCGGAUGGGACCUUGUCACUCGUCCCUCCCGAGGAAACUUCGAGAAAGGUCGCGCGAUCGCCGCGGGACCCACGGCCGUACUUGUCGCGAGCAGAGACGACUUUUGCCAGUCGGUCGAACGUUAAAGAAACAAAUCGGCUGAAAAAGUUCUCUCGUGAGAUCGCCGUGCGAUCUCUUCUUUCUCCAUCAUCAAACAUCCGUCGAUCGAUCUCCACGCAUGGUCGCCAGGCACACCGCCGCGUAGGCCCGCGCGCGGACCCGAACAAGACAGAUUAGUGAGUUACACACGGCUGAUUCGCCCGAGACAGUUAUUUAUUUUUCUACGCGCUCUCGUUGAUUUCUACAUCUCGCGCGCACUGCAGUUUCCACGACGGCUGAACGACGGCGAGCGGACGAGCCGAAGCAGGCGCACGCGCGCAUACGCAAACUUCUUAUCAUAGAUUGUGAUAUUUAACUGAUAAUUAUCUAGUAGGGUGUAACGAUGUGUACAUGUGUCUAGAUGUGUUUCGCCGGCAGGAACGUAGCGGCGUGACUGUAUCCUCCUUUUUUCUCUCUUCUUUUUCUUUCCCCCUGAGUCAACGUCUCCAGGUCGCGCGUUGCACUCGCCUUGCCCCCAGGAGGAAGAAGAAAGGAAAAGAAAAGAAUCGCCACCCUCUCGCGCCGGAGGUGAAGGGGGAGGGGGGGGGGGAGACGAUCCGUUUCUCCGAGUCGUGCUCACGUCGUUGACGAGGCGGGCGACGGAGCGACGACGCGUUGUUCUCGUACGAAACGAAGCGACGCUCCUCGUGUCGUCGCGGUGUCGUGCCGCCGCUGAUCCUCCCUCGACUUACCUGAAACCGUGAUAACCUGUACAUAAAUCGUGUAAGAGCAAUCUGCGAGCCGCGCGGCCGCGGGUAGGAAUUAGCGCGUUAGUCGUAAGAGUGCCCGCGCGCGCUCGCCUGUCGGACGAGCGAGAGGCGGAGGAGGGGAACCGCGCGACGGAAACCGCGCGCUGAAAUUGCGACACGAACUUGACGAGCUCGUGUCCACGAGCGCCUCCACGAUCGCGAAUGCCUCGCGGACGACGGCGAGUUCAGUGCUAAAUGUAGUCCCUGAGCUCGAUACGACAAUCGUACGCGCGCGACGACUGAUGACGAGGGAGAGGGGGGAGGGGAGCGUGCCACCGUCGUCGGCACGUUUUAACGCUGGACUCGGCUUCGCGACUUUUGUUUACUCGCGCGAUGUCAACGCGAUGCGAGGAGACUCGGCUGCCGGCUGCAAGCCGCGGACGAGCACGCGAUGCAGCGAAACGCUAAAAACGCGCGCAAGAUUGAUUUUCUUUUUUUUUUUUUUUUUUUUUUCCAUAUUUUUCUCCUCAUUUUUGCCCACUCGCACGCGUCCUUUUUCCUUCCCCUUUCGUUCUCGGAGAAUCCACGUGGAUGAUGUCUCCAAACGGCUUGAACCCUCUUUCCGCUUUCCCACGCGACUCAGAGCGCAGUACUGAUGGCUCAACGGCGGGACUUGUUUCUGCGAAAUUAUCGGAAAUCAAGACUUGUCGUUCAACAUCAGCUGCAUCUCGUGAAAAAUGUUCGGGCCGUUUUGAAGGUCAGUGUACGCGCGCGCCACCAUUAAUAUUUAUUGCCGAGCGCGCGUUUUUCAACGCCGGCUGCACUUCGAGCGACACCAUCAAACGAGCGCGGUCGAGCCGAAAGCGGCGGCUUCUACUGGACUCCUCCUCCUCCUCCUCGUUCUCCUCCUCCUCGUAGUCCCGCGAGCCCUACCUGAGCGAUCCAGCAGGAGGGAGCAAGAACGCGUGUACGAUUCACGACGACCGAGCGCGUUCGCAGCAAUAAUUGUUGGUUUCCGUGAAAACGCGCGUCCGCGAGCACUCGUUCCGCGAAAGACUUCCGGCACGCACACCCCGCCCCCCCUUCCCCUCCGCAAUCGCCGGUGGCUGUCGUAGAGAACGAGACAAUUCCCUUGUGCUUCUUAUUGUAUACGCCGAUUGUAACGAUAUUUGCGAUGUGACAUCGCAAUCGAAUAUAUCGAUGAAUGUUAACGGCAUGCGAUGAGAGGGAGAAGAUUCGUCGCGCAGGCAGCCAAGGGCGGUUUCACCUCGCGACGCGAGGGGGUUGAAAGACAAGGACCAGAAGAAGCGCGACGGGAGAGAAGCUUAUUGCCGGCGUCUCCGAGCGUGUAAUCUUUCCCAAGGGAAAGCCGCGGGAAACUGCGGUGGCGCAGAUGCGGCGGUAGAAAUUCAUUAAGACUGAAUCGUAUCGAUAUCGAGGGACGAGGAUGGCUGCGAUGACGGGCGCCGUGCUCGCCGCCGCCGCGCGUCAUCGACCACCCUCGGCGAAUCCCUCUCUUGUGCGCGGACUUGUACGCGCAGACUGUUCGCGAGAGCGCGGAAGACGCGAGGAGGCACAGCCGAACUUCCUUUCCACUUUCCGCGGGCUCUGUCCUGGUCUGGCCCUCUUCGACGGCAGUCGAGAGCUGGACGAGGAUCGCUGGCGCUGCUUGCCAGGAUGUCAACUCUCGCUCAGCCCCUCGAAGAAGCGCGCGCUCAGUCUACGCGCACGAGUCCGUGAUCCCUUUUGUACAGAUUUUCUUUUUCUUUUUUUUUUGGUCCCCCUUCUCCCACCCCAGCCCCCCCUCUUCCCCGAUGAUGUUGGUCCGAUUUCGAUCGGCGUAUCGCGAUACGUCGUCGUCCCGCGGUAUCACGUCGGUAUAUCGGAAUCGCGUCGUCGAGACGACACGACGACGCGACGAUCCUGUCUGUCGUGUCCGGCAAUGUAACUUCACGCGGAGAGGAGCCCGAGUAUGCGUAUAGGAUCUUGCACUUGGACCUUUUUCACGGAUUUACCGCAGAGCAAGAUAUUUUGUGGCAUUUAAUUUAAAUAUAUGUUUUAUAUUUAUUUGUAUAAAAUAUUGUGCAUCUCUCAUUUCUCUCAUUUCGUCCGUUAACCUUUCGUCCCACGUUCGUCGACUUGCUCGUUCUUUCUUUUCUCUCUCUCUCUCUCUCUCUCUCUCUCUCUCUCUCUCUCUCUCUCUCUCUUUUGUUCCUCUUGUUUUUCGUCCACUUCGUAAGCGCGAGCGUGUACUAUCGGCAGAUGAGCGAGCUUGCGUGAGAAUCAGGCUGCUGCAAAAUCGCGUGUACCGUGCGUACCUUACGUCGCUUACUUCGUCACAUAUCAUCGAUUGUAAAUAAUUACGAUCACGGUCUUUCGACCACGUCAUGUCGCAAUGUCUCGGUGUGUGUCGUAGCGAUUAUUACUGGAUACGAUGCGGGGCGCGCACACAUACGAUUAUCGAGAGAGACGCUCGAGAGAAUUGUAUAUCGUGCGUGACUUUGACAUGCAUAGCUUCGCUGUCUGUCAUUAACGUAUGGGACUAAGCAACGUCGAAAUAAUUAGCCGAGGGAAUUAGCAAAAUUAAUGCAGCCGAGAAAAACGUUUACUACUAUGUACUUUCCUUAAGAAGAAGAAGAAGAAGAAGAAGAAGAAGAAGAAGAGAAGGAGGAGGAGGAGGAAGAAGAAGAAUUACGGCCGGUGGGAGUAAAAUUGGUCGGUCGCGCUCGUCGACGUAGCUCCUCCGUGAGAAAGGAGAAUUUUCAGCGGAGUUUUACUAGCGUAGCGCCCGCGCGUCCGCAUUGUAAACCGCGCUCACGGACAUUGUUUCCGAGUGGGCGACGUUCCCACGGCGCUUUCGGGGCGUGCUUGAGCGACCGUGGAAUAUCAAUUUGGAAAUCGCGCGGCGAGACGGCGCGCGGCCGCGUUCGACGCUCGCGUCGCUCCCGAGAAUUUUGAUUUCUUCUCAUUCGCACGUCGCGUGCGCGUCGCGGCGAGGCCCGUCUAAAUCACAAAGUCGCCUUGGUCGUCGCGAAGCUCCUCGACGACUUGUAUCGACUUGCAGUGGCGCUCUGUCGUGUCGUGUCGUGUCAUGUCGUACGGAAAGGCUACGGAAAGAGAGAAACGAGGAGAGGAGAAGAGAAACCGAGAGAAAGCUUUUCGUUUUGCAUUUAGCGUGUUUGCAUCGCGCAACUCCUUGCCCGCUCGUCGUAAUCGCCGCCGCCGGGGCGUAAUCUCGGCCGCCGCAUCGAAAGGACUCGCGCACACAAUAAACGGACUCUUUAUCGGACUCUCCUCGCCCGAGAGUCGAAUCAAAUUCCCCGCGUCUCGUCGCGACGAGCGCGUGACAACGUCAGUAUUCACCUUUCUCAAGUUUCUAAAGAGAGACAGACGACUGUGUCCUUUUUUGGUAGAUACUUAUACUUUGUACCGCUCAGGCUGCUCGUCACGCUAUCCGUUCACAGACCGACGUCCGUCGUUCCUCCGUGAAAUAUUCCUCCCGAUAGCAAACGAUCGUGGAGAGACGUGACGCUGAAGCGAUAUAUACCGUGAAUUCUGAAAGAAUCGAAGAAUGUGUGGUUCGACGGAGGAUCGACGGACUUCUGUCCGCCGCCGACGGACAGUGAAGGAUCCAGCUUUACACGAAGCAAUACGCUCGUCUCUUUCACUCGGAGGAUACGCGAGUCCGCAGAUCUACGCGUUCUCAUUCGCGAGGAGUCGGAUUCUACGCGGCACGAUCGCACCCCGUUUCCGGAGGUCAGCCGAGGAUAUCGUUUCGGAUGAUCUUCCGGAUCGGGUGUCGUCUGCGUCCUACGAGCGAGUCCUCGUCCGUGUAAAUCGCAGGACCGGCGAGGUCUCUCGAUUCUCAUCGAGCAGAACGGAGCGAACGCGCACGCGGGAGAGAGAGAGAGAGAGAGAGAGAGAGAGAGAGAGAGAGAGAGAGAGAGAGAGAGAGAAUUACGGCGCAGGUAUCGUUCGCAUAGAACACACACGGGUUUCCGAGAAUGCGAGGAGAGGAUGAGAGAGAGAGAGAGAGAGAGAGAGAGAGAGAGAGAGAGAGAGAGAGGAGAGACUAGUUUUCGAAUAUUAUAUAAUUCUAAGAAUGGGAAUUCCUAUUUGCGUACCACGUAAGAAGACUCACGUAUCCCAUAAAGAAAAACACUUGAUUACGCGCGGUCUCGUUCACUAUUCGACAAAAGAGAAGAAAAAAAGAGAGAAAUGUUUAUGUGUAAGAUCGUAAUGUUAAGGGACAACGAGAGAGAGAGAGAGAGAGAGAGAAAGAGAGACGGAUGCGGAAGAUUUUUAAGUAUUAGGCGGGCGAGUCCUGAUAUAUCUGACCUCUCGAUGAUCUUCGAAGUAAUUCUAUAUUGCCAAGAUAGAGUCGACUGUAACGAUCCAUAAGCUGUAGAGAUAAAACGAGACGCGGAGCCAGAUGGCUUCGCGACGGUGAUUCUUUGCGUGUCGCACACGCGUGUUAACGCGACCGCUCGGACCGCUGGUCUUACAUAAGCGCAAACUAACGGAACAUUAUCCUUAAGCUGCGUCCCGUCCCGAGGAUGUUCGCGUGGGUGUACGAUGAGCGUUCCCGCGGCAGGAUUCUACGAUUCGCGCUCGCACUGAUUCAGCCGGGAAUCGGUAACUCGAGCAGUAUUACGAGACGACUUGUUGUACGAGCGAUUUUCACGAGGCUCGCCGUUCGAUUAGGAGAGAGAGAGAGAGAGAGAGAGAGAGAGAGAGAGAGAGAGAGAGAGAGAGAGAGAGAGAGAGGCAGAGGGAGAGAGGGAGAGAGUAAGAACGAUAGAUAUAUUCUCUGUAUGAUAUAUACGAUAGAGAGCCAUCUAAUUCUUGACUACUUUAUAUUGUGCAAACCAAAUGAGAGGAAGAGAAAAGAGCGCGAUAUCGAGGGGACAAAUAGUAGAUCGCGUAGAUAUCGCGACGGUGUGUACUCGACAGAGAGAGAGAGAGAGAGAGAGAGGGAGAGAGGGAGAGAGAGAGAGAGAGAGAGAGAGAGAGGAAAAAAGGAAACCUCCUUUGCGAUCAUCAGGAAUAGUAUUGUUACAGUUGAUCGUUACAUGUGCAUAAAAGCUUUGAGAAUAAAAACGAUCUGAGUCACA